GCGCCCGGCGGCGGUGGCGCAGCCCGGGACCGGCACCGGCGGCAGGAGCGGCCCCAGCCCCUUCCCGCGGGCAGGGAUCGGCCUCCCCAGCGCGCCCGGCAGCGGCGGCACUUCCCUUCCCGCGGUCUGGAGCCGAGUCAGAUUUUUGGGAACUUGCAGAUCUGCUAUAGGCAACAAGUUUAACCACUGUAGUGAUUGGGGGCUGAGAAAUGUAAAUCCUCCACAAACAGUCUAGGAAAACAGGAGGAUCUUUUCCUGUAACGAUGGCAACAAAAUCAUCACUCCUUAAAGUAAUACUGCUAGGAGAUGGUGGAGUUGGGAAGAGUUCCCUCAUGAACAGAUAUGUCACCAACAAGUUUGAUGCACAGCUGUUUCAUACAAUAGGUGUGGAAUUCUUAAAUAAAGAGUUGGAAGUCGAUGGACAUUUUGUUACAAUGCAGAUAUGGGACACAGCAGGUCAGGAACGGUUUAGGAGCUUGCGGACUCCUUUCUACAGAGGUUCUGACUGUUGCCUGCUGACCUUCAGUGUGGAUGACUCUCAAAGCUUCCAAAACUUAAGCAACUGGAAGAAAGAAUUCAUUUAUUAUGCAGAUGUCAAGGAGCCUGAAAGUUUUCCAUUUGUGAUACUGGGUAACAAAGUUGAUAUCGAUGAAAGGCAAGUAUCUACAGAAGAAGCCCAAGACUGGUGCAGGAAUAAUGGCAACCAUCCCUAUUUUGAAACCAGUGCAAAAGAUGCCACCAACGUUGCAGCAGCCUUUGAAGAAGCUGUUAGAAGAGUUCUAGCUUCUGAAGAUAGAUCAGAUCACUUUAUUCAAACAGAUACUGUAAACCUUCAUCGGAAACCGAAGCCCAGCUCUUCUUGUUGUUGACUUAAAUUUCUUUUUGCCAAAUUACUGUCAACUAGCUUGCUCUAUAAAAGAAUGGAGAAGGUGUAAUAGAUAGAAUAACAAAUGGGUUUCACUCUAAUAUUAAAAUCGUAAUAUUCUGCUGCUUUCAUGGGGGAGAAAAAGAAAAAUCUCCAUUCAUGAGUGACCUGUUAUUGAAUUAGUGAUGCUUUCUGUUUAGGAAGACAUUGAGGAAAGAAAUAAUAUAAGAAUGUAAUUUGCCAACUUUAUUCAAAUGAUAAAUACUUUGAAUAUAAUUAAAACUUGAAAGUUCUAGAAGCACUACUUUGGAGAAGGUGUUCUGGAAUUCAGGCACAAAGAUACUUUUAUAUGUGUAUAUUUUUAUGAAAUCAGCAUUCCACUUUUGUUUCAUUAGAUGUCAGUCUCUUAACAAUGCUAGAUAUUAAACUUCAGUCUCACUACA